AGCUAUAAAAAGGGGUUGGACACCAACCCUCCCCUUUAUCAAGAUGGCGGCGCUGAGGGCGGCGGGGACAGCGCUUCUGCGGCCCCGGGCCGGGCCGGCCCCGGCCGCGCUGGGCUACCACAAGAAGGUAGUGGAUCACUACGAGAACCCGCGCAACGUCGGCUCCCUUGACCGCAACGACAAGAACGUGGGCACCGGCCUGGUGGGUGCCCCGGCCUGUGGCGACGUCAUGAAGCUGCAGGUGCAAGUGGACGAGAACGGCAAGAUCGUGGAUGCCCGCUUCAAAACCUUCGGCUGCGGCUCGGCCAUCGCCUCCAGCUCGUUGGCCACGGAGUGGGUCAAAGGGAAAACGGUUGAUGAAGCGCUGAAAAUCAAGAACACAGACAUUGCCAAGGAACUCUGCCUUCCACCUGUCAAACUGCACUGCUCCAUGCUGGCUGAAGACGCCAUCAAGGCUGCCUUGGCUGAUUACAAACUGAAGCAGGAUCAAAACAAAGAGUCCGACAAAGAAGCCGACAAUGCCUGAACUGCCUGCACAGCUUCCCCUCCUCCCUCCUCACUCUGCAGCGCAAUCCCCGGGCUGUAGUAGGACCCUGUGCACUACUCAAGCUGUAAGAUACGCACAAGUUACGCACAACGUGUCCCUGUGGUGUCCAGCCACUCCGUAGUGCUCACGUGGAUGGGGACUCCCAUCCCCUCGGGAAUGCCGCGGGAAGACUCCGCUCCGGAGACAAAACCCCGCUGUCUGGUACUAGAAGGGCUGCACUUUCAUUUUUCUUUUUCUUUUUUUUUUUUUUUUUUGAGAAGAUGUCUAGUUUUGCCUAAUAUUUUAUGGAAUUUAGUGGGAAAUGUUGCCCUGGUUUGGAUGUGUGUUUGAGAGCUGUGGGGCCCCCCCUGGCUGCGUCAGGGUUGGUGUCGCAAUCCAGGGGCAAAUUCCUGCUCUUGGAAUUCUGGGACCCUUGGCAGGUGCCAAAGGGAAAAGUGGCCAGGAAACACUGGUGGUUUCUGCUCCCAUCCUGUCGCUGCUUAAUUUUUGAAGCUCAUGUUUGAGGAAAUUUUGGGGUGUUUUCUCUAAGAAUUUCACUUUUUCACUCACCAGGUGCUCUCUUACAGCUGUAAAUCCUGGGCUAGAGGAAGGUGUCCCUGCCCAAGGAAGGGGUUUACAAGCGGAUGGGAUUUAAAAACCAACCCAAAUCACUCCAGGAUUCUCUAAAAUUCCCUCAGACUGGAACCCCAGUGGGGAAUAGCAGAGCUGAGGGGGGGAGCUCCCAGAGUUCCUCUUUUCCGCGGGAGUAUUUCCAAACCAAGCAGACAUCACAUUGGCAAACCUCACCUUUUCACCUUCUAACCCCCCAAAAGACACCUCACUUCCCAUUUUUUGUACUGAGGGUGUUGUUAAAAAUUUAAAACCACAUUUAAAAAAAUAAUUGUCUCGUUCUGCUCCA